UGGGCACUACGAAAACUCUCAAAAGAGACUGCGAUCUUCGUCUAGCGCGUUCAGUCGUUGCGAGACCGCCUUGCGCCAACCAGGACGGAUUAAAACUUGGCGAAAAGUUCUAUUUUUUUCGUGUGUAUGUUUUGGUUGGUCUUGACGGACCAUAUUUGUUAAGUCACGUUCCGUCAUUGACUUUCUCGUGUGAUUUCAUCAUACAAGAUCCAAGUGCUCUCUUUUUUUUUAUUCGCCGGAAAUCCUUGUUGCUAUCGAAUUUUCUUCCCUCCUCCCUGUGACGUACGCAAGACAUGAAGAUGCCUUGGUAUUCGUCUUAUUACCAGGAUACGGCCCCACGAAAUCGAUUUCGUCAACAGAGUCGCUCUAGCAAUCCGGCCAGCAACGUGUUCCUUCACACGGUCCACUUAUCUUCAUCCGCUUAUUCGACUCCUUCGUACCGUCAGCAGUACUAUCCAUCCCAUCCGUCGCCGCCGCCACCAUCGUCAUACACGCGACGACAUUAUCAAAAUGAUUUCAGUCAUUUUCGACCCGAGACCAGCAGCUUGAACAGUGGGGCAAGUUAUAGGCCGCGACAUUCGUCCCCGCACUCAUCUCCAAACUCGAGUACUGGAUCCAGCAGCAGUCCGUUCAAGAGCCGCAGUGACGGAUCGAAUUGGUACCAUCAUCGUCGAACAGCUGAUUCGGCCACUGAAAGACUUUUGGCCCGUGCCGAUGCGCUCACCGAGAGACUGCAUCGACUGUUGACUAAGUCUGCCGACUUACACUGGCGCCGAACGGAUAACCCCGUUCGCCCCGAUAUUUAUAGCCGAAUGAGUCAGUCUAAGCCUCAGUCAGCGGCAACUGGAACAUCGUCGGCGGCUAAUAUGGCCACCGAUACAAAUGUGGCAGCCCCUUCUGUCCGUGUCGAUGACAUCACCGUAUCUAAAACCGAACCACGUCCGACCACUCGAACGCAUGUCAUCACCAUCAAGCUGAGCAACAGCUACAGUAACAGAGGCAAUCAUCGGUCUCAGCAUUUGUUCCAAGAUCCCGUCAAGUCCCAAAGGACUCCAGAACCCCAAAGGCCUCCAAGAUCACAGAAGCCACAAGAAGCCGAAGAGCCCCCAAAAUCCCAAGAAGCGAAAGAACCAGAAAAGCCCCAAGAACCCCAAAAGCCCCAAGCAUAUCCGAAAUAUGAAGAAUCUCAGAAAUUUCAAGAAACAAAGGAGAUUCACGUAGGAAAGGAGGAAACUCCUGAAAGGCAAGAGACUCCAGAGCCGCCCGAGUCGCCUAAAGACUACCGUAGACAAAGACCGCAAGACUCAAAGCAGCCGAGUCAACAUUCGUCGUCGCGAUCGUACAGACAGUCGACGACACGUAAGCCGCCUGUCGUUCGGAUCAUUCCCAUUCACAUUGAGGUGGAAUCGGACGACUCUGGUAUUGUGAUUGACCCAGAAAGGGACAUUCAGGUUCCGGAUGAGGAUCCAAGAGUUCCCAUGGUUGAUAGUCCCAUCUCUAGUCGUAAAAACACUUCGGCAAUUUUUAUCAAUGGUCCCGUUUUCGUUGCGGAAAAGCCGAAUCUUGUCGAAGAGUCAGAUCUCGAACCCGAGUUGGACAUCGAACUGGAUGAACCAAUCCGCCCGGCGAGUGGUUCAACCAACAGCCGUCGUUGGGCUCUUACUUUGAGUCUUGCGGAGGAAAAGAAGGCGGAAGGCAAUGCUCAUUACAAGGUGAAAGACUACAGAAAAGCAUUGGCUUGUUACACGCGAGCUAUCGAGCUUUGCCCGGACAGUGUGGCCUAUUAUGGCAACCGAGCUGCCUGUCGCAUGAUGAUGGGUUUAUACCAAGACGCCUUGGAAGAUGCCCGUGAGAGUACACGCCUGGAUUCCGGCUUCGCUAAAGGCUACGUCCGUAUAGCUAAAUGCUGCCUUGCGCUGGGCGAUACAGCGGCUGCCCUCAACGCAGUCAACAAAGCAGAAGAACUCGAUCCGAAUUCCGACCUGUCAAACGAGAAGCGUUCACUUCAAGCUCUCCAACAGUUUGCUGAAGAAAUUAUCAAAUCCAACGCCAAAGGCGAUUAUCGCAAAGUAAUCUUCUGCUGCGAUCGCUCAUUAGAACACGCCCCAGCCGCCCGACGUCUGAAAUUGACCAAAGCGGAAUGUCUCGCGUUACUUGGUCGAUACGCAGAAGCAGAAGAAAUGGCCAAUGAUGUUCUCAGAUCAGAUCAAACAAAUGCGGAUGCCCUUUUGGUCAGGGGUUUGUGCUUUUAUUAUCAAGACAAUAUCGAACGGGCGUUCCUUCACUUUAAACAGGUUCUGCUCAUGGCUCCAGACCAUGUUAAAGCUCGUGAUAUCUUCAGAAGAGCAAAAUUACUAAAAACCAAGAAAGAAGAAGGCAACGAAGCUUUCAAGGCCGGGCGAUAUCAAGAAGCCCAUGAAUUGUACACAGCUACGCUGAUUAUUGAUCCUAACAACAAACUGACCAAUGCCAAAGUAUAUUUUAACCGCGCUGUAGUUCUUGUAAAGCUAGGCAAACUAAAAGAAGCCUUGGGCGACUGUGACCGGGCCAUUGAGUUGGACGAAACUUACAUCAAAGCAUACUUGCGUCGGGCUAAGAUUUGUAUGGACCUUGAACAGUUUGAAGAUGCCGUAAGAGACUAUGAAAAAGUCAACAAAAUGGAAAAAAAUCGAGAAUAUAAACGAUUGCUACAUGAAGCUAAAUUGGCAUUGAAAAAGUCCCAACGAAAGGAUUACUACAAGAUAUUGGGCGUCGACCGUAACGCAAACGACGAUGAAAUAAAAAAAGCUUACAAGAAGCGAGCACUUGUUCAUCAUCCAGAUCGUCAUUCAAGUGCUACUGAAGAGGAAAAGAAAGAGCAAGAAAAGAAGUUCAAGGAAUUGGGAGAAGCCUAUGGUAUCCUGUCAGACCCCAAAAAGAAAUCUAGAUAUGAUAAUGGGCAUGAUAUCGAUGAUAAUGAUGGUGGCGGAUAUUCAAGCGAAAUGGAUCCUAAUCAAAUAUUCCAAGCAUUUUUCGGCGGUCCAAGCAUGUUCCGGAUGGGGGGUAACAUGGGUGGAGGAAUGGGAGGAAUGGGUGGCGGUGGAAUGGGCGGCCAUUGUCCAGGCAAUUUUAACUUUCAGUUUGGCUAAAAUUACAUCUAUGCAGCCGUUCGUAUGCUAUUCUAUUAACCUGUGCAUUCAAAUAUCGAAGAGUCCGUUAUUGGCCGUAAGACAUGAGCACCUUUGGUCUUACCUUUCAGUCGGCAAAAUUUUCUUUUCGAAAGUUGAUGCAUGUGGCUGUAAAAAAAAACAUUUGCCAGUUAUUUGCGCUGUUCAUACAAUAUCCCAAUCCCUUAGACUCACGACCGAAUCUUCUUAUGCUAUACACGGACUAAGAUUUA